AUGAACCUCAGCACAGUCUUGGGGACAGGAAAGUAUAGGGCCCUGGGUGAUAGGAAGCAGCAUGGGGUAUGGACCACGGAAUUUAACAGAGAAGACACUACCACCCCCUACUUCUUUGUGGAGGUGGCAGAGAGAAUCCAAGGAAAGCAGCUGUUGUCACAGGAGACGUCCUUGGAGUUGGGCUGUGGUGUGGGACCGCUGCAUGUGACCCUGGGGCCUGAGCAGGCAGUGGUGCUGAAUUGUAACCCUGUACCUGCCCCUUCUGGGCCCCCCGCCCGAGUGACCUGGAACAAGGAUGGGAGCCCAAUACAGGAGAAAAAACAUCUGCACCUACUGCCCAAUGGUUCCCUGUGGGUGUCCCAGGCAGCCCCUCAGGAGAGCAGUGAUGGAGGGGCCCCUGAAGCUGUGGAGGACAAUGAGGGCAACUAUUCCUGUUUGGCCCAUAGUCCCCUUGGAGUGGUGGCCAGCCAGGUGGCUGUGAUUAGGUUCUCCACACUGUCACAGUUUUCUCUCCAUCCGGAACCUCAGACUGUGGAAGAGAAUGGGACAGCUCGAUUUGAGUGCCGAAUUGAAGGGCUGCCAGCCCCUGUCAUAACCUGGGAGAAGGACCAGAUGGCAGUGCCUUCUGAGCCUAGACUCAUCACUCUUCCCAAUGGUGUCCUGCAGAUUGUAGAUGUUCGAGAGAGUGAUGCAGGAACCUACCACUGUGUGGCCACCAAUACUGCCCACCAGCGCUACAGCCAUGAUGCUGUCCUUGUUGUCCACAAAGGCUCCCUGUUUCCCCCUAGUGUUGGGGAUGUGACCAUUGUGGCUGCACCAGAGAAUACCACAGUAGUCGCUGGUCAGAGCGUGGUGAUGGAGUGCAUGGCUUCAGCUGACCCCACUCCCUUUGUGUCCUGGAUCCGACAGGAUCCACCAGUACAGAAGAGCCCACCCCUGCCCCCUGCCCAUGUACAUGCGGAGUCAAAUAGCUCCACAUCCAUCUGGCUUCGGUGGAAGAAGCCAGACUUCACUACAGUCAAGAUUGUCAACUACACAGUUCGCUUCAGUCCUUGGGGGCUCAGGAAUGCCUCCCUGGUCACUUACUACACCAGCUCUGGCGAGGACAUCCUCAUUGGUGGGCUGAAGCCAUUUACCAAAUAUGAGUUUGCGGUGCAAUCUCACGGGGUGGGCGUGGAUGGCCCAUUUGGUUCCGUGGUGGAACGUUCUACUCUGCCUGACAGGCCCUCAACCCCUCCUUCUGACCUCCGCCUUAGCCCUCUCACCCCAUCUACAGUUCGACUUCGCUGGUGUCCGCCAGUGGAGCCCAAUGGAGUGAUCGUGGAGUAUCUGAUCCUGUACAGCUCCAACCACUCAAAGCCUGACCACCUGUGGACCCUGCUCACCACAGAUGGAAACAUCUUUAGUGUUGAGGUUCAUGGGCUGGAAAGUGACACUAGGUAUUUCUUCAAGAUGGGGGCACGGACAGAGGUGGGACCGGGGCCCUUCUCUGGUCUGCAGGAUGUGCUCACUCUGCAGGAGAAGCUUUCAGAUGUCCUGGACGUGCACUCGGUCACAGGCAUCAUUGUUGGUGUCUGCCUGGGCCUGCUCUGCCUCCUGGCCUGCAUGUGUGCUGGCCUCCGAAACAACUCCCACAGGGAAUCGCUCCCUGGUCUGGCCUCUCCCACUGCUGAGAACCCUAGGCUUUACUCCCGAGCCCAGCUGGGUCCACCUGGCCCACCUGCUGCCCAUGAGCUGGAGUCCCUCGUAUGUCCUCAUCCUCGACUCCAGGAUGGAUCGCUCUCUCCUUUCCCAGACCUCGACGAGGGAGCCGAAGUACACAGCCUCAUGGGGGGUGGCGUUGAAGGUCGAGGCCACACCAAGAGAAAGGUCACAUGGGCUCAGUCAGGAGGACUGAGCUGGUCAGGAACCUGGGCUGGAUGUGGGACCCCUCAGACAGGUACUAACCCUGCUCUGACCCAGGCCCUGCUGCCCCCUGCCGGAGCAGGGCAGACUCUGCUACUGCAGGCCCUGAUGUAUGAUGCCAUGAUGAGUGAUGGAAGAAAGAAACCACUUUCAGCCUGCAGGAACCAAGUGGAGGCUGAUGUUAUUGUCCACUCUGACUUCUCAGCCUCUGAAGGGCACCAUGGUCCUGAGCUCUAUGGCCCAGAGCCUAGGGACCCCACACCCCCUAGGUCUCCAGCCUCCCCCUCCAAUAGCAGUGAGCUGGGGCUGGAAGCAGACUGGCCAAGCGGAGACCUAGGAGGAGAUGAGCUGGAAGCCACUGGACAAGGGCUGGACAGACAGACUCACCAUCCAGAGGCAGCUAGUGUCCAGGGCCUCUGCAAUGGCUUUCCUCAGCGGGGAGAAGCUCCGGAGAAGGUGGCCACUGAGCACACUGACACCUACAGGGGUGGUCAGCUGAUAAAGGGAUCCCCCACCCUUUCUGGACAACCAGAUGGUCUUCAGGGUGGUUCUUCUGGUCUCCUCUCAUCCACUACAACCCAAAGUCUCUGGCCCUGA